GGUAGUCCAAGCAACCAAGAAAUCCUAAAAAAGAAAAAUAUUUAACUUUUUUCUAUCUGUUCUCUUUGUGUAAGAUUUAUAACACAUCUUUCUUUGGGUUAGAUGAGCAUUUAAAGGAAAGUUCGGCUUUUUAUUUAAGCAGAGCAAUAAAUACCAGACUUUCAGUGUGCUUUCUGGGUUCUUCUAAACAGGUUUCACAUAUUGCAUGUGUCAUGUAAAUGGUAUCAAGAUAGUUUCAGUCUUUGCGUUCUCUAUAAGAGAAAGAAAGGAAGAGAAAGAAAUUUGAGUCAAGUGAUCACUUUUCUUACUAAUACCCAUUUGAGAUUUGUCAAAAAAAAAAAAAAUGAGGCCUAAGAUUUAUCUUUUUGGUGACUCAAUUACUGAAGAGUCCUUUGAUGAAGGUGGCUGGGGGGCUGCUCUUGCUAACCAUUUUGCUCGCACGGUAGAUGUGAUGUUGAGAGGGUAUAGUGGGUACAAUACAAGAUGGGCUUUGAAGGUGGCAGAAAGGGUGUUUCCGGCAGUUGAAGGAGUCGGAGGAGAUGGUGGUUGUGAACUGCCAUUAGCUGUAACUGUGUUUUUUGGUGCUAACGAUGCUUGCCUGCCUGAUAGAUGCUCUGGUUUCCAACACGUGCCUUUACAAGAAUACGAGCAAAACCUUCACGCCAUUUUUACAUUCUUCAAGACGCGCUGGCCAAAUACCAUUGUUCUGCUCAUCACUCCUCCUCCCAUUGAUGAAGCUGCACGCCUCCUGUAUCCUUAUGUUGAGAAUCUCAUGGGUCUGCCUGAGAGGACUAACGAAGCUGCCGGUGCUUAUGCAAAGGCAUGCGUUGCUGCUGCAGAAAAAUGUGGAUGCCCAGUGAUAGAUAUAUGGACUAAGAUGCAGCAGUUUCCUGACUGGAAAAAGGCUUACCUAAGAGAUGGUUUGCAUCUAACACAAAGCGGGAACAAGGUUGUGUUCAACGAAGUGAUUGAGAAGCUGAAGGAACAUGGCUUGAGUCCAGAGACGAUGCCGGUUGAUCUACCACUUAUAUCGGAUAUUGACCCUAAUGAUCCGCUUAAGGUGUUUGAGAACUAAAAACACUUUGCAUAAUGCAAUAUCAUCGAUAGGGUCUUCUUCUAUUGUAUAACAGGGUUAGCAUAUGGCAGUAGAUCUAUGUUAUGAGCAGCUAAGGGAUUGAUCUUGGUUAACUGUUGAAUUAGCUUUAGCUGUUCAAAAGAAUAAUUUGGUAAAGUUAAGACAUACUCAGUCACCCUCUCUUUUAGUGCAUCCGGCUUAGGUGCUGAGGUGUUGAUAAAUUAAGGGUAUUAGCCUGUGAAAUAACAAUAUUUUUUUUGUUAAUUAGUAAUGAUGUGAUAGGAGAUAAGAAAUCAAGAAGCAGAUGGCCUCUCAAUCCAGGUUGAUACAUGUUAUAAUA